AUGAUCUCCUUGGCUGAGGUUGGUGUUGCAAAGCUCACAGGUCAAACCAAAUGGGUCACAGUUGAGGUUGUUGAGUUAUCUGGCAGCUGGAACUCAUCGAACUUCAACAAAUGCCAGAGGAGCUGGUUGUUCGAGAGUCAAACUACCUUACAUUCGAACCCAUCAGCCCUUGCUGAGUAUGUCAAAGAUCUGGUUAAGGUCGACAGGCUUGAUGAGAGUGAGCUGGUUAAGACUUUGCAAAGAGAUGAUGUGGACGCUGAUCUGGCGAACCUCAUCAACAUUGCCGCCAAGGACAAAAUCACAAUGGGCAGAAUCGGCCGCCGUUUAACCGCCUUCCACACCAUCGUCCCGUGUGGCAUGGCCCUCUGA